AUGCGCGGCUCCAAGGAUAAACGCAACAGCCAUAUGACGCUGCCGUGCCCUUUGAGCGAACUGGCCCUCGAUUUGCCCUGGAUCGAAGUGAAAGACAUGGAAAAGUGGGUUCGUAGGCCCAUUCCCGUCCGCCACAAAGAAGCCAAGAAUAAGCACGGCAGGGUUAAACGGCCCAUGAACGCCUUCCUGCUCUACCGGGCCACUUACACUGAGCUGGCCCUGUGGUGGCUAGAGCAAAACAGCUACGAGUUGGUAUCCAUGGUGGUUGGUCAGAGCUGGAACAUGGAGGCUGAGAAUGUCAAAGACAAAUACAGAGCCUUGGCAAGUCUCGAGAAGCAAAACCACAUAAAAGCCCACCCUCAAUACAGGUUCCGACCGAGGACGGGGCAUAGGAGCAGUGCCUCGAGUAAUCGGCCUAACAAUACGACAGGCCCGCAGGAGGCAGACUGUGUGUGGACUGGUGAGACACAGUCUUCCGAUUUAAACACAGCAAUCCCCGAAAUCAAACGGAAUCCACGUGAGCUGCCUCAUAGUCUCGAACAAGCGCUCCCGUCAGAUCUUGUCAACACCGGGAUGAACUUUGAUCAAGCUGAAGAACAACUGGCUAGAUCCGAAAUCCCCAUUCCUUUCUUCGAGUCUGUGGGCUGCGUCUGCACGAGGUCCUCUGUGCCCACCAUGCCUUCUCUACCUGGGUGCGCCGCCGAACCCUGGCCUCAAUCUGAUACCACCGAACUCAGCAGCCUUUCUCCAAUCGCAGCCCUACACCAGCACACGAUAGUGAUGCCAGAGAUUAUGUAUCAUCCUGAUGAGCCAUCCCUGUUCUCUUCCCCGGCAAACUCCGGUUGCGACAGGCUUUCUCGGGGAGACACGCCAUGGACGUAUGAAUACCUAGGGUAUCCACAAUCACCAUGCAGCCUCUUAGAUCAGACAGACUCGCAAUGA